AUGGAUGACUUCAACGAUGAAUUGUUCCCAUUGGCUUUGUUAAUGGAUGAAUUAAAACAUGACGAUGUAUCCAAUAGAGUAGAAGCCAUGCAAAAGUUAGAUACUAUUGCUAUUGCUUUAGGACCAGAAAGAACUCUUAAAGAAUUAUUACCAUUUUUAAAUGAUGUUGCUCAAGAUGAUGAAGAAGAAGUAUUUGCAGUCUUAGCUUCCAAAUUAGGGGAUUUUAUUCCUUUAAUUGGAGGUCAUCAACAUUGUGAACCUUUAAUUCAAAUCUUAACUAUAUUGGCUUCAAUGGAAGAACCUAUUGUUAGAGAUAAAGCUAUCGAUUCUUUAAAUAAAAUCAGUUUGGAAUUAACUCCAGAAGAAUUAAAUAAUAUCUUCCUUCAUUUAAUUCAAAAUUUAAGUCAAGGUAAUUGGUUUUCUAAAAAAAUUGCAAGUUGUGGUUUAUAUAAAUCAGUUAUUGUAAAAGUUAAUGCUUCAAUUAGAAAAGAAUUAUUAAAUUUAUAUUUAAAAUUGGUUUGUGAUGAAUAUCCAAUGGUUAGAAGAUCUGCUGCUACUAAUUUACCAACUUUAAUUGAUUUAUUAACUGAAUUUACCACUUUAACUCCAAAUGAUGCUAAUAAAAUGAAUAAUGAUGAUUGGGAUAUUAUUUCAAAAAUGUUUCAACAUUUAAUUAAUGAUGAUCAAGAUUCAGUUAAAUUUUUAUCCAUUGAUGUAUUAAUUUCUAUAUUAGAAUUCUUUCAAAAAUUACAAGAUCAAAGAUUUAAUUCCGAAUUUUUAUCAUCAUCAUUAAAAUUAAUUAAAGAUGAAAGUUGGAGAGUCAGGUAUGCUGCUGCUGAAAGAUUCUCUAAAAUCGCCAAGAAUUUCGUUAGAAAUGAAAGUGAUUUAUUUCAAUUAAUUGAUCCUUUUAUUAGUUUAAUGAAAGAUAAUGAAGGUGAAGUUAGAAAAGCUAUUGCCAAACAAUUACCUUCAUUUUGUGAAUUAUUAGUAAGUUAUCCUUCAACAAAAGUUACUAUCUUAAAUAAAAUUAUUCCUGUGGUUAAUGAUUUAUCUCAAGAUUCUCAAGAAACUGUUAGAGCUUCAUUAGCUUCAACUAUAACUGAUUUAUCUCCAAUUUUAGAAAAGCAAGCCACCAUUGAAAAAUUAUUACCAAUCUUUUUAAUCAUGUUAAAGGAUGAAUUCCCUGAUGUUAGAUUAAAUAUUAUAUCAAAUUUAUCAGUAGUUAAUGAAACUAUUGGUAUUAAUCUUUUAUCAACCAAUUUAUUACCUGCUAUAACUGAAUUAGCUCAAGAUCAUAAAUGGAGAGUUAGAUUGGCUAUUAUUGAAUAUAUUCCAAAAUUAGCUAAACAAUUAGGAGAACCAUUUUUUAAUGAUGAAUUAUUAUCACUUUGUAUGUCAUGGUUAUGGGAUCCAGUAUUUGCUAUUAGAGAUGCUGCUGUUAAUAAUUCUAAAGAAUUAACUAUUAUAUUUGGAUCUCAAUGGGCUGAACAUGAAAUUAUAAAUCGUUUAUUAAAUAAUGGUGGUAAUAUCACUAAUAAAAAAGAUUCAACCACUACAAAUGCCACCACUAAUGAUGAUGAACUCGAUGAAAAAAUUGAUGAUGAUGAUGAUGAUAAUACUAAUUCAAAUAAAAUUGAUUAUUCUAAUUUUAUUAUUAGAAUAACUUGUUUAUUCACAAUUACAAGAUUAAUUCCUGUCAUUGAUUAUCCAAUAAUUACCAAGAAAAUUUUACCAUUUAUUAAUAAUUUAAUUGUUGAUUCUGUACCAAAUAUAAGAUUUAACGUUGCUAAAUCAUAUUUAAUCAUUGGAGAAACUUUAAUUAAGAAUAAAAGAAAAUUCAAUUUAAGUGAUGAAGAAUUGAACAAAAUUAUUAAUACUGAAAUCUUGGUUAAUUUAGAAAAAUUACAAAAUGAUGAAGAUGUGGAUGUGAGAUACUUUUCCAGUAAAAGUAUUCAAGGAAUCAAAGAUUUAGUCAAUUAA